AGGACAUAUCCAGCAGCCGGUCCAGGUCCACGCCAUGGUAGGUGAACUUCUGGAAGGUUCACUUCUUCUUCUGCUCCACUUCCGCCAUCAUGUCUGCCAUCAGGAAAAGCCUGAGGUCUUCAUUCAUAUCAUGUUCCCUAACUGUCUUGCUUCCUGAAGAAAACAUCUCUAGGACAUUGAAGAGAGGAAGAAGAAGGAAACUGCCUGAUGGACUACCCUGUGUUGCUGAGAAAACCUGGAGGCUACAAUCCUUAAAUCAAAGGAUAGAAAGGAGGAAGCUUAUUGACAAGUUGAUCAACAAAACCAGGGGAACAGAGCUAAGUUAUCAUCCACCAUCUUAUUGCCGCAAUUAUCCUGUGUUAGGAGGACAAUUACUAGGUGGAAGUCAAAAAGUCUGGCAAAGUAGAUUCUUAAAGAGGCCUUUGGACUUCCAGGUCUUGUUAAGAAGCCUAAUAAGUAUUAAAGCAUCGUAUUCCCAAGUCAAGCACUCUCAGAAAAGACUCCACCAAGUAAUAUCAUCAAGUCAUACCUGCCAGAUUGCACAUUUACCCUUCACUAAACAUCCCCAGUUCAUGUCUACCCCAGCACUCUGCCUCUGUCAUCAAGCUAGGUCAACAUCAUACCUUAAACAUUGGGCCAUGGCUCCACUGAAAUCCAAGUACCAGGUUAUGAUUCUGCAAAGUCCCAAACAGUCCAAGAUCAUGCCUAAUAAAGAACCUUCAUGGAGUUUAUUUUACCUUAAACCAUGUAUAGUGGAUGGUGUGGUUAUCCCUAAUGAAACUGUUAAGAACAUAGUCAAUUCCAUCCCCCAGAGCAGAAUCCGUAGAGACAUCCGAAAGCAGAUUCUCUUGAGGUGGAUGAGGGGGCAUCCUAAUCCUCACCCUGGCCCACGUUUGUCUUCAUCUUAUACAGUCUGCUUAGUUUGUGCCUCCUGGAUCCGAUAUGGCUGUUCUCAUGUUAAGGGAAGAAAGGACCCUAAUGGAGCAAAAUUAGUAGCCAUACCCACACCUCUGCCUGGUUCUGAGGGGGAAAUGGGUGUGAGGUUAGUUCUCCAAAUUCCACAACCAAAACCAAGCUCCAUUUCUUGCCUUCCACAUCCUAACUAUGAAGAACAGAGUCCUCAGGCCCCUGCAGAAGAAUGUGACCCUGUGAUCACACCUGAGGAAGAGAGGAGUCAGGAGGCUCUUAUCCUCAUUGAGGCUACUACUACAUUCCAGGCUCCCACCUUUGCAAUACAAUCCGUGACUCCUGCCAUUGAACCCCAGAGUAUCAACCAGCAGUUCCAGGGUGUUAAAUGGCUGCUUUAUAUAAAAACAAUGACUGGACUUCUGCCUCAGUAUCUAUCUUCUUCACUUUCCUCCUCCUCCUCAUCUUCCUCCUCUUCAUCAUCAUCUUCCUCAGACUGUGUGUCCUGUGAAUCAUUUAUUAAUCAUCGACUCCCUCCAGGAGUCUAUUGGCUUGAUUUUAUCUACAGCAAAGAUUACCAAGCAAGGGAAAGAAGAAUCUCUGAAAGACACCAGCCCUCAGGAGGAAAAAUGCCUGCAAACAGCACCACCAAAAAACUGCCUAAAGAAAAAGCACCAACAGGAUCUGGGACAUUUCUCAAAACAGUCCUGGAAAAAUUCCGAAGUAACAUUUUCAAAUUAAAUUGACAUCUUUUCUCCUUAAAAAUAUUCAUACCCCCUUGUGAAUCUCUGAAAUAUGAGGGGGUUUACACUCAUUUCUUUUUCAUUCGUAUUCAGGCUGGGAGACAUUGAUCAUAGCUCUUUUUCCUCGGAGGUGGGGGGGUUACAAGUUCCUGAGUUAUUAAUGAUGAUCCCAAUAAUCAGGAAGAACAAUCUCUAUAUUCUCCCUUGUUUUUUCCCUCUCAUCUUCUAGCUUCUAGUCAGACCAAUUCAGAGUGAAUGAAACCAAAGACCACAUUCUUUGCCUUGUCUGUAAUAAUACAAAGACUAUACUUUAUAUGUGAAUGUAUUUUUAAAUUUUCUUGCUUCAUGGGGCUUUAUAAAGAACACUUAUCAAAUCUGUAAGGUUACUGUUGGUUAUUUUCCCUAGUGUCAGUUCUGGGCAAAUAAAAUCUGUACCUACACAUCUCA